AUGGCAACAUCAACUCACGUACGAGGAAUUCAGGCGAUACAUGUUCGAGAUCCUUCGUAUCGACCUGUUUCACUAAAAUCGUAUCCAAGAGCGUUGAAUAAUGAAUCGAUGUCGACUGGUCGUGUUCCAUUUUCAGCAAUUCGUAACAGUUCCAUGCCAGCUCCCACAUCUUCAAGUGGAAUUAUCAAACCAAUUCCAAUCACGGAAAAAAGACAAUCAUCAAUUAUCAGUCUUGGAUCUAUUCUUCCCCGUCGAAAAAGUCUACAAACAACAGCACUUGCAACACGAAGACAAAGUCUAUGGAUGAAUCUUUCGAAAAAUGCCACAUCGUCAACUAAUCCACCACCUCUACUUCUUCCACUUGCACAAGAUCAUUCAAGUCUACUACGAAAGAAGAUCUUACGUCUCCUUCUAGUCUUCAGUUAUCUUCUCUCCAUAUCCAUCUUUGGCAUCGCAUUAGCAACUUUCUACGGAUUGUUUUGGUCGGGCUACAGCUCAUCCCAACCAACAAAUAUUCUCGAUAUUCGCAUAACAACUCCAUCAUCAUCAUCAUCUUCUUCAUUUCCAUCCAACAAAACUUCACAAACAGAACAUAAUUUAUUGGACGAACAUCCAUCCUAA